AUGUCUACUGGAAACACGGUGGUUGAUCAAUUCAACACAAAUGACGAGGAAAUCUCUCAACCAACAAUGAAGAUCCAGAGCAAAAAUCUUUGGUUCAACCCGUUGAUCAAGGAUUAUCUAGAGGAAUUGAAGAUGAUUCUUCAAGUGAUGAAUGAUUCAAUACUCACUCAUGCGUUAACUGCUUCGUUUGCUAUACCCAUGAAAUGGUUAUAUUUGGUUGCUUCAACUGCUGUGUACAACAGAACAAUAGAAAUCGUCACAUUUCAGUUGACAUCGAGCAAGAGCAAACAAUUAACUAACAAAUAG